AUGGGGCAAAAAUUUGAAAGAAAAUCAGAAUGUUCUACAAAAUCAGGGACAAUUGAGAGACCAUCUAGGUUAGAGGAGGUCAUUGUUCCUUCAUAUUUGGCUCUCAUCAGACCAUCUAGGUUAGAGGAGGUCAUUGUUCCUUCAUAUUUGGCUCUCAUCAGACCAUCUAGGUUAAAGGAGGUCAUUGUUCCUUCAUAUCUGGUUCUCAUCAGACCAUCUAGGUUAGAGGAGGUCAUUGUUCCUUCAUAUUUGGCUCUCAUCAGACCAUCUAGAUUAAAGGAGGUCACUGUUCCUUCAUAUAUGGCUCUCAUCAGACCAUCUAGGUUAGAGGAGGUCAUUGUUUCUUCAUAUUUGGCUCUCAUCAGACCAUCUAGGUUAAAUAAGGUCAUUGUUCCUUCAUAUUUGGCUCUCAUCAGACCAUCUAGGUUAGAGGAGGUCACUGUUCCUUCAUAUUUGGCUCUCAUCAGACCAUCUAGGUUAGAGGAGGUCACUGUUCCUUCAUAUUUGGCUCUCAUCAGACCAUCUAGGUUAAAGGAGGUCACUGUUCCUUCAUAUUUGGCUCUCAUCAGACCAUCUAGGUUAGAGGAGGUCACUGUUCCUUCAUAUUUGGCUCCCAUCAGACCAUCUAGGUUAGAGGAGGUCACUGUUCCUUCAUAUUUGGCUCUCAUCAGACCAUCUAGGUUAGAGGAGGUCAUUGUUCCUUCAUAUUUGGCUCUCAUCAGACCAUCUAGGUUAGAGGAGGUCAUUGUUCCUUCAUAUUUGGCUCUCAUCAGCCCAUCUAGGUUAGAGGAGGUCAUUGUUCCUUCAUAUUUGGCUCUCAUCAGACCAUCUAGGUUAGAGGAGGUCAUUGUUCCUUCAUAUUUGGCUCUCAUCAGACAAUCUAGGUUAAAGGAGAUCAUUGUUCCUUCAUAUUUGGCUCUCAUCAGACCAUCUAGGUUAGAGGAGGUCAUUGUUCCUUUAUAUUUGGCUCUCAUCAGACCAUCUAGGUUGAAGGAGGUCAUUGUUCCUUCAUAUUUGGCUCUCAUCAGACCAUGUAGGUUAGAGGAGGUCAUUGUUCCUUCAUAUUUGGCUCUCAUCAGACCAUCUAGGUUAAAGAAGGUCAUUGUUUCUUCAUAUUUGGCCCUCAUCAGACCAUCUAGACCAUCUAGGUUAGAGGAGGUCAUUGUUCCUUCAUAUUUGGCUCUCAUCAGACCAUCUAGGUUAGAGGAGGUCAUUGUUCCUUCAUAUUUGGCUCUCAUCAGACCAUCUAGGUUAGAGGAGGUCAUUGUUCCUUCAUAUUUGGCUCUCAUCAGACCAUCUAGGUUAGAGGAGGUCAUUGUUCCUUCAUGUUUGGCUCUCAUCAGACCACCUAGGUUAGAGGAGGUCAUUGUUCCUUCAUAUUUGGCUCUCAUCAGACCACCUAGGUUAGAGGAGGUCAUUGUUCCUUCAUAUUUGGCUCUCAUCAGACCAUCUAGGUUAAAGGAGGUCAUUGUUCCUUCAUAUUUGGCUCGCAUCAGACAAUGUAGGUUAGAGGAGGUCAUUGUUCCUUCAUAUUUGGCUCUCAUCAGACCAUCUAGGUUAAAGAAGGUCAUUGUUCCUUCAUAUUUGGCUCUCAUCAGACCAUCUAGGUUAGAGGAGGUCAUUGUUCCUUCAUAUUUGGCUCUCAUCAGACCAUCUAGGUUAGAGGAGGUCAUUGUUCCUUCAUAUUUGGCUCUCAUCAGACCAUCAAGGUUAGAGGAGGUCAUUGUUCCUUCAUAUUUGGCUCUCAUCAGACCAUCUAGGUUAGAGGAGGUCAUUGUUCCUUCAUAUUUGGCUCUCAUCAGACCAUCUAGGUUAGAGGAGGUCAUUGUUCCUUCAUAUUUGGCUCUCAUCAGACCAUCUAGGUUAAAGAACGUCAUUGUUCCUUCAUAUUUGGCUCUCGUCAGACCACCUAGGUUAGAGGAGGUCAUUGUUCCUUCAUAUUUGGCUCUCAUCAGGCCCAUCAUUGAGUACAAUGCACCUUUCAAAAUUGUGACAACCCUGGCGUACAGCAAUAUAGACUACACCGUUGUCAUCGGUGUCAUCACUUGUUAA